GCGAAAUGACGUAAGACUUUUAAAGACACGACACCCCACUUAAAUUGAGAUGACGAAACGACAAUUUGCUUCAAAGUAACGGAAGAUAUCGGCUUAGUCUGAUACUUUCUGCUGAGAAGUUAGAUACGACAAUGAAACUGCUAAUUUCAACGGCGGUAGCCGUUGUACUGCUUGCUUGUGUCAAUUCUGCGCUCAGCGCUGUUGAUUCUCAUGAACACACCAAAGUCGUUUGUUAUUGGAACUCAACAUCUUUCCUGCGCGCUGGUCCCGGUAAAUUUAACGUGGACGAUCUCCGGCCGGCGCUUUCGCUUUGUACUCACUUGAUUUACGGCUUUGCUGGUAUCAACGCCGCAAAUUUUGAGGUCAUACCAUUGAACCCAAGCUUAGACACUGGUGCUGGUUAUGGAUUCUAUCGUCUAGUUACCCAACUCAAACGUCAAUUCCCUGACCUUAAAGUCUACCUUGGAAUUGGUGGCAAUGCCGAUCCUUAUGAAGACACUCACAAAUAUCUCCUUGUCACGGAAACGUCAGAAGCCAGAAGCAAGUUCAUCAAUUCGGUGAUUCGUUUGUUGUACGAUUAUGAGUUUGACGGUGUUGACCUCGCCUGGCAAUUCCCAGAGGUUCGGGUGAAAAAACAACGUGGCACGUUUGGAUCUUUCUGGCACGGUGUCAAGAAAGUAUUCGGAGCAGGUAAAUUUAAGGACGAGAAGGAGGACGAUCAUCGCAAUGGUUUUACCAAUAUUGUCCGCGAUCUCAAGGCUCAACUGAGGACAAAGAACAAGGCGCUAUCUUUGACGGUUUUGCCUCACGUCAAUGCUAGUACUUACUACGACGCGAGAACGAUUAUACCGCAUUUGGAAGCUAUCCACAUUCUUGCCUUUGACCAGAGCACUCCUGAGCGAAACCCCAAGAAGGCUGACUAUCCUGCACCAGUUUAUGAGAGCUACGGCCGUGAACAAAGCGAUAAUAUCGACACUCAAGCUAGAUACUGGCUGCAAAACGGAACGCCCGGAAGUAAAAUCGUCAUCGGAAUACCCGCAUUUGCUCGCACGUGGAAAUUGACUCAGGACAGUGAAGCUGCGGGAGUACCUCCUGUAACCGCUGAUGGUCCAGGAGGCGAAGGUCCGCACACCAACAUUCCCGGUCUGCUGUCGUAUGCCGAGGUCUGCUCUCGCCUGACCGAGCACGCGGUUGGCCGCAUUCGACGCGUCAACGAUCCGUCCAAUAAGUACGGGCCUUACGCUUAUCAACAGUACAACGCCGAUACCAAAGCCGAUGGCAUCUGGGUUGGAUUCGAAGAUCCCGACACUGCUGGCAAAAAGGCCAAUUACGUCAAGUCCAAGGGACUCGGUGGUGUGGCCAUCUAUGAUCUGUCUCUCGAUGACUUCCGUGGCAUUUGCAAUGGUGACAAGUUCCCCAUUGUCAAAGGAGCUAAAUUCAAAUUAGUCUAAAUCUAUUCGACUUGAUACUCAUCAAAGCUCUUCAUUUUUAUUCUUUUUUUUGUCUUAUGUCCGUUGACUUUAUUUCUCUGUUUACGAAGUUUACAAUCCAAGCAAAGACUUUUAAAUAAAUAAACUUUAAAGGAUA